AUGUAUCCAGACUAUCUUGCACCAAGGUCGAAAUUGCUCACGGUCAUGUCCACGUCCGACAUUGAAUCGGCAACGCCCGCCCAGAAUCCAGCCUCCUCCUCCACCAAACCACGCAUCCGUGCGUCGGAGGCGAUGGAUGUCGUCACAAGUGAAGGACCUCGCAUGAGCCAAAAGCGGCGACACCACGCCACCGAAGAUCAGAAGAGCGGCAGCGACAGCGACGACUCGGAACAAGCCAAUCCCAAUGGCCGGAAAUCGAGGCGUCAAGACGCGGGCCGUCGCAAAGUCGCCCGAGUCCAGACUGAAGAAUCGUCGUCCGACUAUGACAGCGACAGUGACGAGCGCACGCACGCUUCCGCUCCUGCCUCCAAGAACAACAACAACAACAACAACAACAACAAGAACGGCACCUCCUCGCGCAAGCCGACGACGCGCACUGCUACCGGUGCGCUUGCACAAUCCAUCCGCGCCAAAUUCGACCAGUGGCGUGACGAGCAACUUCCCUCUCACGAGCUACCGGUUGACGAGGAGAUUAUUGCCCGAGCGCAGGCGCAAGAGGACGAGAAGCAGCCCGCGCUGAUGAGUUACAAGGAGCCCAUGUAUCUCGAGGCCACGGCGGAUAUCCACGGCGACGACGAUCUCGCCGUGGUGCGCGCCGACCUCGAAGUGGUGCUGUUCUCAAGCGACGACGAGGCCGACAUGUCUUCCAGCGAUGAGGACGCCAGUGACCUUGAGCAAGAUGGUCGCGGACGGCGGCGUCGGCCCCUGUUGCCCGCCGGCGCGCAACUUGGCGACCUGCCCUCUCGGAUGGAGCCCCCUCGCCGAUCCAACCGCAUUCACUCCAAGCAACCUGGUGCUGCAACCCGUCGAGAGAAAUCUCGACCAGCUCAGGCUGACGUUUCCAAAUCCAAGUCUUCGAAAUCGUCCGACACCCCUGAAACGCCGGCAACUCGUGCAUCUGAGGCCGCGACUGCAACUACAGUGUCUGACAAGCGGGCAGUUCCAGCAGGUUCGGCAGCACCCAAGUCCAGCCCGACAACGAGCACUGCUGGGGCGUCGUCGACAAAACCCGUGCAGCGUCCCACUAACUCCGCCCCCAAGCCAUUGCCGAGCGCAUCCGCCCCGGAGGCACCCGCUGCCCCAAAGAUUGUUUCCUACGGCGCGUCAGCUGGUGGCUUUUUCGGCUCAUCGUCGUUCUCGAGUGCCAACCGGCCCGGUUCUUGGUUGAACAAACGCCCUGCUUCCACAACAACAGCAACAGCAACAACCCCGUUGUCGUUGCCAAAUACGUCUGCUAGUCCUGCUGUUGGUGGCUUGGCAGCGGCUACUGGAACCACGUAUGGAACGCCAGGCGCGGCAGCCAGCUUGCGAUCUCCGACAGAGGUUUCCCCGGCCACCACAACGGCGGCGACAGCAACGCCCGCGUCUUCCACAGCACCAGCACCUGUGGGCCUCGAUGGCGAGCGUGUCAAGCGAAUCUCUAUUGCGAGUCACUUGGCAAGAUCUGCUGCAUCAUCAUCAACGACCCCGCCACCUGCGUCUUUGUCCGAUUUGCCCAGUGCAUCCAACUCGCAAGUGGUACCGAUGGAAACCUCGACAGGCAAGCCCGGAAAGCGCGUCACCUGGGCCCCGGACGCCCAGCUGGUGCGUGUCACGGAAGUGGAGCGGUUUGUGUACGAUCAGGACACUGAUGACAGCGACAACGACGACCGUCCAGCAGCCGCGCACCUUGCGUUCGCGGAAGCCGUUACGCAAGAGCAUGCACGCGAGAAGGCAAGUCACCACGAUGGCGAGCUUAUCGAGUGGACUCGCCCUGCGGCGCUGGAACUCGAUGCCAGCUGCGUCCAUGAGAUUGGCGCCAAGAGUGUCGAGAGCCAGUUGCUUGCUGCUCGCAAUGAGACUGUGAUUGGAGCCGUCUACUAUCUGACAACCGACAUUCCGCCGUCUCCCGUAGAACCCGACCAUGACAUUUCGAAUGAGCGCGUCGCCCUCCCCAAGGCCAUUCCGCUGUGGCCCAUCACCGAGGCCAACCCGACAGGUGCCGCUCCUCACUCCAUUAGCGCUGCUCCUCACACCAUUAGCGCUGCUCCGACUCCCUCAUUGCCCGCCGUGCAUUCUUCACGAACAACUUCGCGUUGGUCGGCUCCUACCAACCCCGUUCCUUCGGCUCUUCCAGCAUCUCUGCCAGCAUCUCUGCCAGCUUCUCUUCCCACCGCGCUUCCGACUGCGUUUGCGCUUUCCAGCUCUUUAUCCUCCAUGCUGCCGAUGACUCUGUCCGGGUCUGGGCCGGCUGCCCCUGCGGCUUCGGCUGCUGCUCCCCCUCCUUCCACGCCCAACUUUAGCGCGGUGCUGGACCCUUCCAUGUUUGCGAAACUGCAAGCUUCGAUCCAGUCCUUGACCAAUCCGAUGGCGCAGGUUUCUCAGCAGACCAUCCAACCAAUGCAGCACCAAUACGCGCAGCAACCACCACCUCAGCAGCAACACCACUACCCAGCCCAAAUGCCAUCUCAUUCCGCUCCAUACGCGCAGCAGCAACCACCACCUUCCUUCCAGCCUCAGUCAAUGCAUGAUCGCUCGAUGCCGUCCUCGAUGCAACCGUCCUUCCAUGGCUCAUCCCACCAGCCUAGCCACCAGCCAUCGCAUGCACCGUACGGAUUCUCCGGAGGAUCAAACCGACCCGACUACUCGCAGCCAUCAUCGCGAGAUGGAAGGGAUUACCGUUCAGGCAGCGGUGGUUCGAGUCAGGGCUCACGCAGCGGCGGACACAGCAGCGGUGGCGGUGGCAGUGGCAGAAGCGUUUGUCGAUUUUUCGGCACUCGCGUCGGCUGCAAACGCGGAGACACUUGCCCCUACAUUCACGAGCGCUAGAAUCCGCAUCGACAGUAUUCUCAUGCCAACUCUCUCAAGUCGCCAAUCCGGUACUCACUAUUAUAACAAUAAAAUUGAUGAUUUGAUUUUAUGGUUUCGCA